CGGCAUCAUCUGCACGCUGUUGUAACGGAGGAAUGGACUAUAUGUAAAGAGUAGGUCGUCGGCAAGCUUACUUUCUCACUACCAGCCCUGAUCUCAAUGGUACCUUUGCACGACUCUGGCACUGUUUGGAAAUCGUUGAUGCGGUCCUAUCUACCUGACUCUUAACAUAUCACAUCGACUACCCUAUUUUAUGCACGCUCAUUCUGCCAUAGACUCCGUCCUGAUUUGUACCGAUAUGUGAAAACGGUAGCAAUAGAAAGGCGAUCGCCCCGUCAGUGAGGCACGGAGAGGUUCUCCGAAUAGACGGAGCUAAUCUGAUUGAAGAAGCUGAGAUUCCGGCAAAAGGACUUCCUAUAAGCCUCGUGUUCGGCAAGUAAAGCUCUCCAGAACGAGUAUCAAAGCCGUCUGAACGCCAUUCGGGGAAUGGUAACCCCCGAUCCGUACGUAAGAUGACUAUGUCAAGCACUGCACGUUCCCAACGGUACCCUGUCCAUCAGUGAAUGCAGUGAGCGACGCCAGUCCAGUCAGUGACUGAGAUGGCCAAAAGAAUGGAACAUGACACUGUUAGUCGCGCACUACUUAAUUGAUGAGUAGGUUCGCCCUGCUCUCGACAUCGUCUAUGGUCGAGGUUCCUCUUACAAAAAAGCCCUCAUACCUUCCAUUACAAUGACUUCACAAGAGCGUCCACAUAUCAUAUUUGGCACUGCAGCCUUUGGAACCGGAUCACCUCUGGCCAAAAUUCAAGAUGACGAAACUGCAGCGCCGAUUAUUGCCACCCUCCAAGCUAGAAAUGUGACCGAUGUGGACACAGCUCGCGCAUAUCCCGUGGGCUCUCCAGGGGCAGCAGAAAGACUUCUUGGCGAGUUAGGAGUUGCUACCUGGGCCAACCUCUCGACCAAGGUCAAUUCUUGGGCGCCUGGCACCCACACUCCGGAACGAAUCCAGCAAAGCGUGGCGGAGUCGCUCGAAGCAUUGAAGACGGACAAGGUGGACAUCAUGUAUCUGCAUUCCCCGGACCGCCUUACUCCGUUCGAGGAAACAUGCCGAGCCAUGGAUGCUGAAUACCGCAAAGGAAGGUUUGCCCGUUUUGGCAUCAGUAACUACACGGCAGAUGAAGUCGAGGAGAUCGUGACGAUCUGUGAGAGGCGCGGCUUUGUCAAGCCUAGUGUGUAUCAAGGCCGAUACAAUCCUGUCAUCCGAUCUGGGGAAACACAUUUGUUUCCUGUCCUCAGACGCCAUGGGAUUAGCUUCUAUGCAUAUAGUCCAGCUGCCGUGGGCCUUUUCACAGGAAGACUAUCGCAGGACCCAAGUCAACUCGCUGGAUCGCGAUGGGAUGGCAGUACUGCCUCGGGAAAGAUCUAUCAUGACGCUUAUUACAAACCGGCAGUGAUUGCGGCAGCUCAGACCGUAGCAGAUGCAGGUGCAGCAGCUGGAGUUAGUGGACAUGAACUGGCGUUGCGGUGGACGAUCUACCACUCGGCGCUGAGCCGUGAACACGGGGAUGCGGUGCUUAUCGGCGCGUCAAGUUUGUCACAGUUGAUUCAAAACCUUGAUGCCGUUGACGCGGGUCCCUUGGAUGAAGAACUGGCGAAGUUGGUCAGUAACGUGGGAGAUCUUGUCGGGGACGAGGCAGCUUCAUACCACGUUUAAUUAUGGUACUAGUACCGCCCCCCCCAGGGGGUGUCGAUUGUGGCAUGCACCGUACACCAGGGUUGAAAGUGCUCAGCUCGGUGGUCUUCCCGAAUAAACGUUGUAGCUGUAGCUGGAAGGCGUUGCCGUGUGUGUACAUCGCAUGAAUGAACUGACAAAGCCAUAAUAUAGUUGUCCUUGCUGCA